AUGUCCUGCUGCAAUACCUGCUCCACCAGCUUCUGUGGCUUCCCCAGCUGCUCUACUGGGGGGAACUGUGGAUCUAGCUGCUGCCAAGACAGCUGUGGGACCAGCUGCUGCCAACAGGGAGGCUGUGGCACCGGCUCUGGGAUUGGCUCUGGGAUCAGCUCUGGAGUAGGCUGUGUGCCCACCUGUGAGACCACCUGCAGAACCAGGUGCUACGUACCCCAGUGCUGUGGAGGGGAGAGCUGCCGCACCAGGUGGUGCCGCCCAGACUGCAGGGUUGAGGGCACUUGCCUGCCACCUUGUUGUGUGGUCAGCUGCACUCCCCCAUCUUGCUGCCAGCUGCACCAUGCCCAGGCUUCUUGCUGCCGCCCAUCCUACUGUGGCCAGUCUUGCUGCCGUCCAGCCUGCUGCUGCUACUGCUGUGAGCCUACUACCUCCUGUGAGCCCACUACCUGCUGUGAGCCUACCUGCUAA